AUGGUUCAACACUUGAGACCCCGCGCUCUUUCCUUCUCCGGCCACGAAGGCCUCAUGGAGUCUGAUGAACCCGCUCGCGCCCGAAGUGUCAGCCAGCUCACAGAGGGACCCUCUCAGGAACGCCCUGUGACCUCUCCUUGGGCCAGCUACCAGCUUCAUCAGGCCAUGAUGCAUCAGCCUCAGGACGUUGGCCCCCGAUUCGGCAAUGUCGACUACGUUCAUCCUCGCUCUCCCAUGGUUUCUCAUUCACGCUCACCAGACUUGGAGAAUGCCGACAAUGCAGACUUUGAACCUCUCAUGAAGUCUCCCACUGUGUCGUACAAGUAUGAUUUUCAGUUCGGAGAGACGGAUGACGAGAUUAGAACCUUCCUCCGAGAUGUUCAACACUCGAGACCCCGCGCUCUUUCCUUCUCCGGUCACGAAGGCUUCAUGAAGUCUCAUGAACCCGCCCGCGCCCGAAGUGCCAGCCCGGCCUUUGGCGAACCUGAGCCCAUCCGGCCUGACCCCUCCGUUUCAGUCUCUUCGUUUACAUCUGCCCUCGAGAGCCUUGGUGACGCAGACCUUGAGCCGCAGAUGAGUGCUCCUAUCAUCACGCAGAAGAUGGGUAUCCGGUGGGGGGAUAACGAUGAUGAGGUCGCCGAUUUCAUCCGCGCCAACGAGAAGAAGAAGGCCUCUGAGGCAUCUGACGCCGACCACCACGACCAGGUCUCCCUGUCUCCCGAGCAGCCUGGCAGCAAGAAGUCCUCCUUCGACGCCGACCAUGACGACCAGGUCUCACUGUCUCCCGAGCAGCCUGGUAGCAAGAAGUCCUCCUUCGACGCCGACGAUCACGACCAGGUCUCGCUGUCUCCCGAGCAGCUUGGCAGCAAGAAGUCCUCCUUCGUCGCCGACCAUGACGACCAGGUCUCACUGUCUUCCGAGAAGCCUGGUAGCGAAGCUGGCACUGACAACAAGACCGAGUCUGACGUCGACAUGGAAGAUCAGUCUCAAUGA